GGUAUGUAAUUGACAAUAGUAGUACGCAUGAUUUCUUUAGUGGAAUUUUAAAAAAGCAAGACAAUAUUUCAUUAUAAAAGUAGAAACCUAAUAAAUGCCACUCGGAGUUUCACUUUUAAAACCUUUUAAUUUAAUUAUUAGACAUUAUUAUUAAUUAAAUAAGCGUAGGAGGGUUUUUAUUCAUUACGACUGCAUGUAAUACGUGAUAAGUGAAUAACAAUUCGGUAUAAAAAUUGUGUUUAUAUGUUCGACUGUGAUUACCUCAGAAAAUAUUGACGCUAGGAUACAGUAUGUAAUUAAUUAUUCAAUAAAAAUGAACCAGGUUCAAAUGCUAAAAAGUGGGUUAAAAAUGUUGCUAUAUCCAGAGAGGAGAUCCAAGAUUUUCUUUGUAGGCUUAACCCACUCGGUGCUUACGUGCUAUGGACUACUUAUGACAAUUUUUGAUAUAAUAAACGAACAAAACCCCUUUAGUGUAUACGAACUAGCAAUCGUCUUAGUCCACUAUUUAGGACACUCGCUGCUUAUUUAUUUAUUAUUUUUAGGGUUCAAAUACAAUUUGCCUUUACUGUACUUACCAUGGCUGAGUAUAUUCUUAGGGGUGUUUGCUACAGUAAGCUUCCUUUGGUUAGAAUCUCUGGCUAAGGCUGCUAGCCUUAAGGUCUUACCUUUUUUUGGUAAUUUAGUGGUUUUGGGUUUAUGCUGGCUCAGUUGGACGACAGUUCUUAAAGACUUCCUGCUGAUCGCCUUUAGUCCGAAAAUAAAAAUCGUCUCAAAAAUUUACAAUUUUUGACCCAAUAUAUGUUUUAUUUACCAUUUUGUAUCACAUAACCUAAAAAUAAAUUUUAUAUGAAAUGCUUAU